CGUGCCCUACGACACGCUGACGGCGCAGGAGAAGGCGCGGGACAGGGAGAAGGCGCAGGAGCUGCUCAAGUUCCUGCAGCUGCACGGCUACGCCGUCACCCGGGGGCUCAAGGACAUGGAGCUCGACUCCUCGUCCAUCGAGAAGCGUUUCGCUUCGGGUUCCUGCAGCAGCUCCUGCGCUGGAUGGACACGGCCCAGGAGUUCAUCGCGCACCUGGAGGCCGUGGUCAGCAGUGGCCGAGUGGAGAAAUCCCCCCAUGAGCAGGAGAUCAAGUUCUUCGCCAAGGUGCUGCUGCCCCUCAUCAACCGUUACUUCCACAACCACUGUGGGUAUUUCCUGAGCACCCCGGCCCUGGCGCUGGGCACCGGCGGCCACGCCUCCAACAAGGAGAAGGAGAUGGUGACCAGCCUCUUCUGCAAGCUGGCGGCCCUGGUCCGGCACCGCAUCUCGCUGUUCGGGACGGACGCUCCGGCCGUGGUGAACUGCCUGCACAUCCUGGCGCGCUCCCUGGAUGCCAGGACCGUGAUGAAGUCGGGCCCGGAGAUCGUCAAGGCCGGGCUGCGCUCGUUCUUCGAGGGCGCUGCCGAGGACCUGGAGAAGCUGGGGGAGAGCCUGCGGCUGGGGCAGGUGCCGGGGGGGCGGCGCGGCCCCAAGGGUGUGGGGCAGAAGCUGAGCUACGCCACGGCCGCGCUCCUGCCCCUGCUCAGCUCCCUAUGGCAGCACCUGGGGCAGCUGAGGGCGGGGGAUGACGUCAUCCUGGAUGACGUCCAGGUCUCCUGCUACCGCAUCCUCAGCAGCAUCUACUCCCUGGGUACCACCAAGAACCCCUACAUGGAGAGGCAGCGGCCGGCGCUGGGGGAGUGCCUGGCUCGGCUGGCGGCCGCCAUGCCCGUGGCCUUCCUGGAGCCCCACCUCAACCACCUCAACCCCUGCUCCGUCUACAGCACCAAGUCCGCCCGCGAGCGCGCCGUGCUGGGCCUGCCGAGCCGGGUUCAGGACCUAUGCCCGGACGUUCCGUCCCUCGAGGAGCUCAUGGGCGCCAUCGGGGCGCUGGCCGAGUCGGGGGCGCGCUACACGGAGAUGCCCCACAUCAUCGAGGUGACGCUGCCCAUGCUCUGCAGUUACCUGCCCCGCUGGUGGGAGCGCGGCGCCGAGGCGCGGCCCCAAGGGCCCUGCCCCACGGCCGUCACCAGCGCCCACCUCAACACCCUCCUGGGCAACAUCCUGCGCAUCGUGGUCAACAACCUGGGCAUCGACGAGGCCGCCUGGAUGAAGAGGCUGGCGGUGUUCGCGCAGCCAAUCGUGAGCAAGGCGAAGCCGGAGCUGCUGCGCUCCCACUUCAUCCCCACCAUGGAGAAGCUGAAGAAGAGGGCGGGGAAGGUGGUGGCCGAGGAGGAGCAGCUCCGCAUGGAGGCCAAGGGCGAGGGCGAGGAGGCCGAGCUGCUCAUCCGCGACGAGUUCGCCGUCCUCUGCCGGGACCUCUACGCGCUCUACCCGCUGCUCAUCCGCUACGUGGACAACAGCCGGGCCCAGUGGCUGACGGAGCCCAACGCCGACGCGGAGGAGCUCUUCCGCAUGGUGGGCGAGGUCUUCAUCUACUGGUCCAAGUCCCACAACUUCAAGCGCGAGGAGCAGAACUUCGUGGUGCAGAACGAGAUCAACAACAUGUCCUUCCUGACGGCCGACAGCAAGAGCAAGAUGGCCAAGUCCGGAGAUGGCCAGGUCAGUGGGGGGGGACCCCAGAGCCCUCCGGGGCACCCCCUCUAUGGGGACAUGGGGGGGGCCCCCCUGAGCGCCGCGCGGGCGCCCCCCGGCGGCCCCCCUGAGCGCCGCGCGGGCGCCCCCCGGCGUGGGGACCGGUACUCGGGCCCCCCUGAGCGCCGCGCGGGCGCCCCCCGGCGUGGGGACCGGUACUCGGUGCGCACCUCGCUCAUCGGCCCCCCUGAGCGCCGCGCGGGCGCCCCCCGGCGUGGGGACCGGUACUCGGUGCGCACCUCGCUCAUCGUGGCCACGCUCAAGAAGCUGCUCCCCAUCGGCCUCAACCUCUGCUCCCCCGCGGACCAGGAGCUCAUGGCCAUGGCCAAGGGGCGCUACGCGAUGAAGGACACGGACGAGGAGGUGCGGGAGUUCCUGAGCAACAACCUGCACCUGCAGAGCAAGGUGGAGAACAGCUCCUCGCUGCGCUGGCAGCUGGAUCUGUACCGGGAGCUCGCCGGGAAGGCGGCGGACGCCGAGAGCCCCGAGCGCGUCGUGCGCAGGGUGCAGGAGGUGGCGGCCGUGCUCUACCACCUCGAGCAGACGGAGCACGCCUUCCGCUCCAAGAGGGCCGUGUGGCACAAGCUCCUCUCCAAGCAGCGGCGCCGCGCCGUGGUCGCCUGCUUCCGCAUGGCCCCGCUCUACAACCUGCCCAGGCACCGCGCCUGCAACCUCUUCCUGGAGGCCUACAGAGCGCAGUGGCUGCAGCCGCAGGAGCACCCCUUCGAGGACCGCAUGAUCGACGACCUGGCCCGCUCGGGGCAGGAGGAGGAGGAGGAGGAGGAGGAGGAGGAGAAGAAGCCGGACCCACUGCACCAGCUCGUGCUGCACUUCAGCCGCACGGCCCUGACCGAGGGCAGCAAACUGGAGAGCGACCACUUGUACAUGGCCUACGCCGGCAUCAUGGCCAAGAGCUGCCACAUUGAGGAGGAGGAGGAGGAAGAGGAGGAGGAGAAGGGGGAGGAAGAAGAGGAGGAUUCCUUUGAGGAGAAGGAGAUGGAGAAGCAGAAGCUGCGGUACCAGCAGGCGCGGCUGCACACGCGGGGGGCGGCAGAGAUGGUUCUGCAAAUGAUCAGCGCCUGCAAGGGUGGGGCCGUGGGGCGGGGAUCU